AUGCCUUACCUUGCUCGGCAAGAAGUGAAACGCGAAACCAAGCACUCAAACCCUUUGCCUUUGACCAUGAAAAACAUCCUUUCACUCAGCGCUGCCUUCGCGGUCUUUGCCAUGUCAUCUGCGGCCCCUUUGGUCGAGCUCGAAACCAAGCCUAUGGUUGAACUUAGGCAUUCGCCUAUCGAGAAGCAGCAGAUCGGCGGCCUCAGCUCACCCUCAGCUCUUGCAUCCACGCUCAACACUGCGUCGGGGCCCAUCAACUAUGGCAAUCUUAAUUUGGGGACAGGUAUGCAGCCUAGUCAAGUGGUCCAUUAUGGGAUCGAGAACCAACCCAGCCACGGGUUCAUUGCGCCCAUGGUUGCUACUACCACUGCCAAGGAAGCUAUGUUUCAAUUGGCACAUGUAGACAAAGCCGAGGGGCCAGUCGUAAAUGCGGAUUUGGAGGUCGGCAAGUUGAUCUUGAAGGGUGAUGUCAGCAAGUACGCAGGCGCCUCGAGUGAGAGUUUCAAUGAUAAUGAUACCAACGAUGAUGAGAAUGUGGAUGUUGCUGAGUGGGGUCGUUAUGGAUGGGGACACCGCCAGCCUUAUUGGUGGUAUCGCCAUGGUGACUGGCACCGGCGUCGACCCUAUCGCCGUAUCCCACCUUGGUGGUACAGAAGGGGAAAUCCCAUGGCUGCCUAA